AUGUCAGUCUGUGUGUUCUGCAAGGGGUGAAAAAUUUCAUCAAUCAAGGCUGAUAAAAUAAAACUCGAAGAUCUUUAUUUUCUUAAAACUAUUUCUAUUCAUAUCAUCCAAUAAAUGUUGUUCUAGUGGAUUGAGUAGUGCUGCAGUGGUUUGCUUGAUCAGUAGGGAAACGCAAACGGAAAAUGAGGGUUUCAUCUCGUCUAUUAUUUUGUACUGGAUGGAUGGUAAAAUUUGAUGGUGGCAGGAUGGAGCAAAAGUGGAGAAGAAAUUAUCUGUUAUUGGGGAGUUUAUUUUUACUGCUGCUGCUUGCGUUGACCGUUCAGGCCAAUGCCGGGACAGACCCGUACAAGAUACUCGGGGUACAAAAGCAUGCCACCCUCCAGGACAUCCGAAAGGCGUACAAACAGCUGGCGAAGGAGUGGCACCCGGACAAAUCCUCCCACCCGGAGGCGGAAGCUAAGUUCGUUGAGAUCAAACAGGCCUACGAGCUGUUAUCGGAUACAGAACGACGAACGGCUUACGAUUCGUACGGCAUAACCAACGAGGAUGCACAUCUGUACAGGGAGCGACCGGACUACAGCAGCUAUGGCCGCUUCCCGGAUCCUUUCGAACAGUUCUUCGGGCAUAAUUUUAACUUCCACGAUCAGGACAUAAGUCUGUUCCACAGAUUGUCGAUCACGACCAAAUACUACGAGACUAACAUAAUCCCCAAGAGUCGCCACACGCCUCAGCUUCUGAUGUUCUACUCGGAUUGGUGCUUCUUCUGUAUGAAGGCGGCGAAUUCAUUCAAGAAGACGAUAGAUAUGCUGGAACCGUAUGGAGUUAAUUUCGCCACCAUAAAUGCUGGCCACGAAAAUCUACUGAUCAGGAAAGUGGGUGUACAUUCGGUGCCCUGCAUAAUUAUGGUACUUGACGGGCACAACUAUGUGUACAAGGACAGUAUUUACAACACGCAACGGAUAGUGGAUUUCAUAAGACAAAAAUUGCCCUACGGAUUGUUACCUACGGUGGACGACAGUUCGAUCGAUAAAUUUCUCCAAGGUUGGGAGGACAAUCGUGUCAGAGCUCUAGUGGUUGAGCCGAAGACGCAGCCCCGGUUGCGUUAUCUGAUCACGGCGUUCCACUUCCGGGAACGAGUUGCCUUCGGGUUCGUUCAAAUCAAUUCGAAGAAAAUGACUCACAUUCAGGAGCGAUUCAAGGUGCACCCAUCGAUCGAUACAUUGCUGAUUUUCAACGAAGAUACGAGUCGUCCGGUUGCCUCGAUUGCGAUGUCGGACAUCCCAACAUCGACGUUGAACAAUAUUAUAUCGGUGAAUAAGUAUUUGGCUUUGCCACGGCUAUCGUCACAGUCCAUGCUCGAGGGGGUGUGUCCAGCCGAGUGGAAUCGACCGCGCAAGCGGUUGUGCGUGGUGUUGAUUACCGAGAACACUUCAACGCACGACGAGGCCCGACUAGCGAUGCGUCGAAUGGCACUGGAGUCCACUUACAGUCCGGAUCGGGUCCGGUAUGCGUAUAUCUACCGGGAGAAACAGACAGAGUUUAUUAGUGCGCUAACAGAGCACAGUAACCUGGAGGAAACCGUACUGAAGGUGGUGAUUAUCUGGAGAAGAGAUACCAAGCACAUUAAGUAUGAGUGGGUGCACGAGGCCACUCUCGAAACGUUGGACCGCAGUCUGGAGAACGAAACCCACGAGAUGACGUACAACACGACCAAACAGAAACUAGACGGGGCGAUUCAACGAUUGUUGCGAUCUUCGGAAGCGCUGGUUUACGAAGCGGAAGUGAAGGAUCUGCUAGACGAACAUGCCCAAGGAUUGAUAAUUCGUAUUCUGAAGAAGAUUUUGCUGGUGUUCGAUUUCUUGUCCGAUAACGUAGGUCAGGAACAUAUCCUGCCAGCUCUGUCGGUAGUGGGUACGAUCGCGUUCAUACUGGUAGCCGGUUAUCUGAUGUCCUAUCUGGUCAGGGUCGAAGAGGAGAGCAUCCAGAGGAAAAAGAACGCUGGCGCCGACGGAAAAAAUGGUAAGGUAACAAACUAUGUUCCGGAGCUGAGAUUACACGAGCUACGGGCUGAAAAAUACAACGGACUCGUGCGACUGCUGAAACCCGGUUGCCGGACAAUUGUGCUGCUCACCGAUCUGCAAUCACGGAACAAACUGAUACCGGCGUUCCACAAAGCCGUGUGGCCUUAUAGGAAAAACAAAACCCUAAUGUUCGCCCACAUGUUGAUCGAGAAGGGCAUCGGCUGGUACGCGGAGUUGCUCCGGCUGUCCCUUUCCGAGUCACGUGAGAUGAAAAUUAAUCCGAGAAACUGCAUCGGGACGGUUAUCGCACUGAAUGGACACCGAAAGUAUUUCUGUAUGUACCAUGCCAAGCAUCCGGAAUCGAAUCGGGGCGCGAAGCGCAUGAUGAAGAUGACCCGACAGUUGAGCACGAUGCCUUCGGAUCCGGAAGCCGGAGCAUUCCUAGGCAUGGAUACAUCCGACUCGGAAACCAGUAUCUCCGACAUUUCCGAGCCGAAAAUUCUCCUGGAGGAAAACCUGUUGGACGGUCUGCCUAACUGGUUGGAUCGCCUCUUCGAGGGUACCACCCAUCGGUAUUAUAUCAACUACUGGCCGGACUUUACCUCGAAAUAAGAGAUUAUUUGGAGCAAGUUUCAUAGUUUUGUCUCGGGCAGGUGAGUAUCGAAGCCAAUAGCGAGACGAUUUUUGUUUUUGUUUGUAAGAAAUAACACGCCCUACCGUUGACAAUUGAUCUGAGAUCUCUCUAAAGACAUGGGCAACCAAAUUUGUUCAUUUGUGUUUUCUGCCUCUUUUUUUUCUGUCAAUAUUUUUUAUGUAGAACUACAAUGGUCAUAAGGUUAAAUACGAUAUAUUUGUUAGUAGAAUAAGUUAUUUAUUUUAUAACGUGUAUAGGAAUCGUUAGUCUUGUUCAAUCUCCAGCGCAGUAACAUUAAACAAUCUAGUCAAAUUUAAAAUUAAUAAUAACAAAACAAAUAGCAUCAUUGAUUAGCGCAGUAUGCAACAGUUUGUUCUUUAAUGGGAAAAAAGAGACAUUAGAACUGUAAAAUAUUAGCAAAACAAACUAGAAUAAUCAGAAUUACACGACAUUGGAAUCCUUUUCUCUUCCUCAAUAUCGUUCGUAAUAGUUGCACAGCGAGCAAGCGCCAUUUGCUUCUCUUUUGAUAAUCCAAUUUUGUAGAAGAAACUUGCCUUCAUACAAAGUGCUUCAAAUUUUUCCCGAGCCCCCUCCAACCGAGAACAGUGACCCAGUGGUAUGGAAGACUGCAGUGGAAGCAUUUUUUCGAAUAGAAGAGAAUAGCAUAACAACCAACAAAUACCAAAUAAUAGUACUGUAGUCAAUCAUCUUCUCAACUGGGAAAGGUAAACGAACAAACAAUGCACUGAGGGAUGAAGACAACUGUUGGAAUCGAAUAAAAUAGUGAAUUGAUCCACGGAAAGGCCAAAAUAAGUACCUUUCCAGUUCGAGGGACGAUUGUUAGAGGCUAAAGACAACAGAUUAAGGCUAAAAUACACAAACUAUUAAAAUGUUCGGAGCUACUUUCACAAAAGACGAACUCUCGUA